AUGAGCGUCCUCGCCUGGGACGACGUCCGGUACGUCGUCAAAACUAAAGAUGCUGAUGGGAACAACACCGGGAGCAAGGAAAUCUUGCGCGGCACCUCCGGACGCUCGAGCAGCGGUCGCGUCUUGGCCGUUCUCGGCCCGAGCGGAUGCGGAAAGACGACGCUUCUGAACGCCCUGUCGGGCCGUUUGCGCGCCAAACGCGGCGAUGAAAUCCACGGGCGCGUGACGUACGACGGUGCGUCGCUCAACCGCUCCGGAACGUCCGCGGCACUGAGUUAUGUGGAGCAAGAACCGAAAUUCUUCAGUAACCUCACCGUACGCGAGACGCUCACUCUCGACGCGCGCCUGCGAGGCAAAAGCGACGACGACGUGGAUGAGCUCGUGAUGUCGACGCUGAAGAAGAUGUCUCUGAUGUCAUGCGCGGACACAGUCGUGGGCGGGGACACGGGCGGGAAGGCGGUGGCGGGGAUAUCGGGCGGCGAGCGCAGACGCUUGGCAAUUGCGAGCGAAACCUUGGGAUUAGGCACAGACGCUCGAGGAUUAGUCGUGCUCGUGGAUGAACCGACGUCGGGUUUAGAUGCGUUCCAGGCGGAUAAGAUGGUGGAGAAGCUCGUGGACAUCGCGGAGAGGGAGACCGCGUGCGUGGUGUGCACGCUUCAUCAACCGAGGAGCGCUUCGUUCUCUAAGGUGCACGAUUUGUUACUGCUCGCAAGCGGCGGACGCGUGGCAUACCUCGGUCCGAGCGAGGAAGUGGUUGAGUACUUCAAGUCGAUAGGACAUGUGUGUCCGGAUCACUUCAAUCCAGCGGAGUUUGUGAUUGAUUUGGUGAGCAUCGACGUCGACGACGGAGAUGGAGACGAGCGAAUAGAGGCGAGGAGUCACGAGCGCGUCGAGGGCAUCGUGGCCGCGUGGAAGAGACACGAAAGGAAAACAAAAAUAGCAUCUCGGGAGAAGAUGGAGACACUGAUCGCGACGCCCUCGACGAAGGCUGUAGCUCGAAAGAACCGGUGCGGACCAAUGCGGCAGUUUAGAUUAUUGGCUGGCAGAGCGUGGAGACAGGCUAGACGAGAGAUGUGGGUCAAUGGGGUUCGAAUGAUGGCCUCUAUCGGACUUGCUGCCGCGUUCGGGGGCUGUAACUUCCAAGUCGGCCUAGGUCCGCGAAGUGUGAAGCGACGAGUAGCCGUGCUCAUGCAAGCUUGCAUAAACACGUCCAUGCUCGCUCUGGUGAAGAGCUUGAACGGUUUUCCUCGAGAACGCGCGACCGUUCGCCGCGAAAUGUCGCGCGAGAGCGGAGGGUAUAGUCCUGGUCCGUAUUUUCUAUCCAAGCUUCUCAUCGAGACCCCGAUAGACAUGGUCUUCCCGGUCGUUUUCGGCGGCGUCAUGGCUCCAAUGGUGGGAUUGAACAAGGCUGGCCGCAAAAUGUUUUUGACAACGCUCGCUCUACAGUCGGCGGCCGCUUCGUCGCUCGGACUUUGUAUUAGCGCUCUGAGCCCAAACUCGGAAGUUGCGCUCGCGAUCGGGCCGUGCGUGAUGGUUCUGAACAUCAUGCUCGGAGAUACGUCCGGCGCGUUCACGGAGGUUCCAGAUUCCCUCGCGCCUUUGUCAAAACUCUCGCUCAUUCGACAUGCCUUCGAAGGCGUGUUGUGUUCUGAGUUUGAGGGCUUGGUGUUUUCAAAAGAAGACACGGACGCAAAGAGCAAACAGAUCGCUAAAACGGCUAAGGGUGUAAAGAAGAUGGCGCGAAAGUUCCAAGACGGAAUCGCUCCGCGAACGGGCGAGGACGUGCUCGAAGGCUUAGGCUUGCCCACGCGCGGGCACGCCACAAAGGCCGCCAAGUCCCAGGUCGGGGUGACCGUAAUGAACAUCGCGGUGACGUACGCGGCGUUGGUUUGUAAGAAGGGAAAAUGA